AGGUUAUUGGAUAACAAAGGAUAGCACGACGACUUCACUUGUUCCAUUAACAAAGAAUAAGUGAAACCUGCUGGUGUUUUCCUCAAUCAGUUGAAGGAGUGUCGAAGAGAAGAGGAUGGCCCGUUACAGAUAUUUCACCUUCAACCAGAGGAGCAUGGUGGUACUGGGACUCAUCCAGAUGGGUUGCGCAGGGCUGUGUGUCAUCUGCGGCUUCAUAGACACCAUCUUCCGCAGGGACUCUACGCUCAGCAGAACUAAGGCUCCCCUCUGGGCUGGAGUGGUGAUGGCUCUACCAGGGAUCCUGGCACUAUUCUCAUCCCAGAGGAAGAACCCUAUACUCGUGUACUCCAUGGUUGUGGCAUCAGUGUUGUCCUGCUUCACCACAGCUGUGGCAGCGACCUAUGCCUGCUUGACCCUGAGCUAUGGAGAAGAGGACGAUGAACUCUUUCACCCCCACCACCUCAGCAUCCCAAAUGCUAAGUUCAUCCUGAGCAGGACGGUGAAGGGGGCCAAUGCUACAGUGUUGAUGGCCUGCCUCAGCAGCUUCCUGGCUACGGGGAUGAUGGCUUUCCUGGGCUGCCGGAGCCUGCCGUUCUGCGCGUGCUACGAUAGCACCACCGGGCUGGAGCUCCUGGUUCCACAGAAUGACCCCAGUCCUCAGACAGAGCUGGUCUGCACCUGGCAAGCAGGUGGUGAUAACAGGCUGUUCAAUGCUCCAGAGCAGCUCAGCAACAAGAGUACAGAGCAGCAAGACAGCAUUUCCAGAGCCCCACCUUACACCAGACUAGUUUAGUCCCUUGGCUCAUAUAAUUGCACAUUUUAUUCCUAAUAGUUUUGCAUAGCCUAUAUAUUUAUAUUUGCGCAACUACUUUAUCAUGAUGAUGAUGGAAACUCUUGACAUUGUGAUGUUCUGCUCAGUUUUUGUCAUACCAAAAAAGAGCCAAACUGCCAUUAGUGGCAUUUUGCUUCCAUUUACCUACUAAGAGUGAGUUUGUUAAUUAAUCAUGUCUUGUUUGUCAUUUUAAACUAGUUCUCUUACAACAACAGGGACUUCAUCCUUUGUCUGUUAUUGACUGAAGCCUCUGGUCUGGGCUGCUGCAUAAGUUGUGGAUUUUACAUGCCAAUUCAUAUGUGCUGUACAUAAAAUAAACCAUUGUUCUACUGGUGAAUGGCUUUACCUUUGCCCAUACUAUAAUAUGAAUUUUCUCAUGCUAAAACUUCAUCUGGUAUGCCUAUCCUGGAGGACAGUUAUUGACAGUGCUGUUGCAGUAGAGAGGAAAAUGAAGGUUCAAUUUGCUGUUUGUAUGUUUUUGUUCUUGAAAAUGUGCCAACGAAAUGUGUGUGCCUUUAGGAAGGUAUGUUCAUGCCUUUCAACAUUAGCCUUCAAAGGGGGGAAAUCUUCAGAGCCACUGGAGACUUGUCUCUGAACUGAUCUCAGGUGUGACUGU